AUGCCUUUCUCUUGGGAUCAGAUGAUCCCUGGGCACCAACAAACCUUCAAAGAGAAAACUAUCGCACUCUACAUUGACGAAAACCGCCGUCUUGAUGGCGCAGGUGGUGUACGAGAGUAUAUGAAAGAGCAUUACAACUUCGACAAAAGUGUCUCUACCUACCGUCGCGAAUUUGUUAAAUGGGGAAUCAAGAAGAACGAUUACCCUGGCACCACAAAUCGAUCCUCCCAAAAUUCAUUCGACUCAGGCUAUGGAACAGGUUCUAAUCGAACUUCCUCUGCGGCCACGUCUCUAUUUGAGAGAGCCUCAUCCUUCCGGAGACAAUCCGAACAAUCACUUCUGAGACUCAGUUUUCCAAAUCUGUUUUCGCAAACUACCCAACCACCCCCACGUCCGCAGUCAUCACAACUUCUUGCUGAUAUUCCGGAAACUGGCGUUACAGGUGGUUCCUCCAAUCAUGAAGAUAGCACCAACCGAUACACAGGAGGCAUUCACACGUCCGACUCCUACAUAGCAGACCGUAUAUCACAUACAAAGGGCCUCACCCACCCCUCUUUACAAGAACACCUCAAUUACCCACACUAUCAACCCCCCCAUGCCCCUCCUUCACAUUGUAGCCGAGCAGGAACGAGUUCCGAGUUUUCGGAUUUGGGUCUCGAGACAUGCCAACAAUGUGGCGCUACGAAAUUACAUCACCUUGCCUCCAUCAGCCGUCGGACAGAUGUUGUUCUCUUCAAAGAGGUCGUCAGGUCCAACCUUGAUUCCAUAAACGAGACAGACAAUGAAGGCAAUCUAUGUGUGCAUUUCGCUGCUGGAGCAGGUGCAAGUUUGGAUCAAUUGGCCAUCCUGAAGGCUGCCAAUGCCGACGUAAAUCGUCCAAAUUAUUGUGGCCAAACUAUACUCCAUCUGUUGGAUCCUCAACUUUACGAUUGCUCGAUACAUGCCUUCGUCACUUUUGCUCUGCAAUAUGGUUUGAGCUUUUCACAACGUGACAAUGACGGGAAAACGCCCCUUCACCACAUCUUCAGCCGCCUCGUAACUUUGGCAAAUGUUUAUGAUCUAUUGCCCCUCAUAGAUUCUGCUGGCCGAUCGAUGACACUUUUAGAUCGGAACGGCAACACUCCAUUAGACAUCCUGGGACGGAAUUGGGAGAAAGUCAAUCAAGGGGUACACCUUGCAGAACUGGAGGCCAAGCUUAUUUCUUACAACAUCCCACCGGCCUUUCGACAAUCACCAAAUAGUGGCACCAGAUCUCCGGCGGUGCUGCCCAGUAUGAGCAAGCUUUCUAUCACUAGCCAUGAUGAGGAUACUACGGAUGUCCUUAACAUCAUCAAGCGAUCCAGACAUGAGCCAUUUUGUCAGAAUAAUUCAAACCAGAACGUUCUUCAUGCUUUAGCAGCAUUCUCGUUCCAUGCAAACCACCAGAUAAGUUGCUACAUGACACCAUGUAGACUUUGGGAAUGCUUGCAACAUCGGCUCGAAAACAUUACGAAUGUUGGCGUGGACGUCAAUCAGUACAGUUCCGACGGUUUCACACCCUUGCAUAGUUUCCUUACCGCCACAUUCGAUAUCAGUCUAGAUAUUCCAUGGCUUGUACCUGAGUGCGUCGAACUGUUGCUUCAACAUGGGGCUGAUCCUAGACUUCGUGACCGGGAUGGCAAUACGGCCUUACAUCUCGCCUGUAGCCGUGGUCGCUUCGAAUGUGCCGGAAAGAUCAUCUCGCAUCUGUCGAAUCACUAUCCAAAACAACAACACAAUCAAUGCCUCGUUGCCAUAAACGACAAUGGCAAGACCGUUGUAGAGCAUACCGAAGCCUCCAUGAACAGCGAGACCAUGGAAGCCAAUCAGCGUCGCAGGAAUUGCAUUGGGCUUGUCCGUGCAUUUCUGGGUGAACCAAUUGUUUCUUACAUGCCUGCUGCAUAUUCGUCUAUGGCGACUUUCUCGUCUACAUUAGGUUCACCAGCAACGAUAUGGUCGGCUCAGCUGCCUAACCAUCGUCGUAAGCGUUCAGACUCACCGGCUCGACCAACCUCGGGACAUCGAAGAAUAUUGGGCUGGCCUUCCAGAACAUCAUCUUCCUUGGAAGAACCCCAGCCUGAAAUGAGAUCUGCUUUCGAUUUCGAGGACUAA